AUGGCAAAGACAGAAGCGACGCACGGCAAAGAAUCUAAUCACGGCAAAGUACAAGGAAACCUCACGGCAAAGAAAGGAAGACGGCAAAGUCCCUACGUGCCGCACGGCAAAGAAACAAUGCACGGCAGCAUUGCCGUGGCUCGCCCCUUUGCCAACCCUCCUCAGUACGUCGGCGAAGACGACAGGUGCUUCCUUGCGAUGGUCAUGUGGUGGACAUGCCCCCAGUACCUCAAGAAGCACGAGGAGGGCAAGAAGAAGCGGGCAGAGAUGCGAGGUGGAUCGCAUAUCCAAGGCAGCCUCCCCAUCUCUCUUCACCUGCAGAAGGAGGAAGUGAGGACAGGAGCGAAGCCUAACGUCUUUGCCGUGCUGAAGAAGAUGAAGCAAAGGAAGACGCCGCAUCCUGAGACGGGGUCCGUGUGGGUUAACCCGCAAUCCGAGACCCAGUGCACGUCCUAUGUCUCCAAGUUCAAGCAGAAGUACGGCGAGGAGGCCAACCCAGAGGCCGAGGACUUUGACCCUGAGGUUGCGGUGCUUGCGGGAGAAGGCUUGAAGUUAGUGACGAUGGAUCACCUCGCCAAUGUCUACGAAUUGUAG